AUGGCGCACCAAGAGCAGAGGCCGCGCCUAAUGAUCCGGCAGAUGGUGCUGGAAAACUUUAAAUCGUAUGCGGGGACUCAGUACGUCGGCCCAUUCCACAAGAACUUCUCCGCGGUAGUGGGGCCCAACGGCAGCGGCAAGUCCAACGUCAUCGAUGCAAUGCUGUUCGUUUUUGGGCGGCGCGCGAAGCAGCUGCGUUUCAACAAGGUGUCAGAGCUGAUUCACAACUCCACCAACCACCGGGCGCUGGAGCGGGCGUGCGUGACUGUUCACUUCCAGGAGAUCCUGGACAGGUCAGAAAGAGCCAGCAGCAGCAGCAGCAGCAGUAGCAGCAGCAGCAGCAGCAGCAGCAGCAGCAGCAGCAGCAACAGCAGCAGUGGUGGCGGUAGCAGCAGCGAUUGCAAGCAGCAGCGGCAGCAGCAGCAACAGCAGCAGCAGCAACAGCAGCAGCAGCGGCAGCGGCAGCGGCAGCAGCAGCGGCAGCAGCGGCUGCAGCAGGACGGGUCUGACUUUGAGGUGGUCCCGGGGUCUGAGUUCACAGUGGCGCGCACUGCGACGCGGUCAAACGGCAGCGACUACUACGUCAACGGGAAGAAGACCGCUGUCAAGGACGUGGGUGGCGCGGGUUGCGGCUGCGUGUGCGGGGAUCCGUACGUGACGUCCCUGCUCAAGUCCAAGGGCAUCGACCUGGACAACAACCGCUUCCUCAUUCUGCAGGGCGAGGUCGAGCAGAUCAGCCUGAUGCGCCCCAAGGCCGAGUCAGAUGGCGCGGGCGGCAGGGACGGCAGCCCUGGGCUGCUGGAGUACCUGGAAGACAUCAUAGGGACGGACAGGCUGGUGCCGCAAAUCGAGGAGGAGGGCAAGAAGCUGGAGGAGGUGACGGAGAAGCGGGCCUCCAUGAUUGGCAAGCUCAAGUCUGUCGAGAAGGAGGUGGAGGGGCUGGCCGCCAAGAAGGAGGUCGCGGAGGCCUACCUGGCAAAGCAGGCGGAGCGCAUCACCAGCCACCUGACGGGCAACAAGCUGCGGCUGCUCAAGACUCAGCGCGAGCUGGCGGAGGUGGACACCAAGAGCUCCGACUUUGCGGCGCGGCUGGAGCAUGAGACCGCCAAGCUUGCAUCUUAUGGCGGCGAGCUCGACGCCGUGGACAAGGCGCACGCAGACGCGGACGCGGCGAGCGCGGCGCUGCAGCGCGACCUUGACGCAGCGCAGGCGCGGUUCAAGGAGUUUGAGCUCAAGGACGCCAAGGUGCGCACCGACCUCAAGCACCUCAAGGAGAAGCUCAAGAAAGCUGCGGCCAAGAAGAAGGCCGACGGCGGGGAGGCAGAGACCCUGGAGUCGGACAUUGCGCGCUGGGCAGAGGAGGCCCCCGCCGCGGAGGAAACCGCCGGGAGGCUGGCCGCUGAGCUGGCGGAGGCUGAGGGGAAGCUGGAGGGGCUGCUGGAGGGCAUCAAGGGGGAGGUUGAGGGGCACCACCAGGCCCUGUCCAAGGUGCGUCAGGAGCUGGCACCGUGGGAGGCCCAGAUGUCGGAGGUCCAGGGCCGAAUGGAGGUGGCCGCCAGCGAGAGGGACCUGCUCAACCGCCGCGGGGAGGAGGCCAAGGCGCGGCUGGAGGCGGCGCGCGCGCAGCUGGUGGCGGCGAGGCAGGCUGCAGAGGACAAGGGGCGGGAGAUCGCAGCCAUUGAGGCCGAGUCUGCUGCCACCAGGGAGAAGGCCGCCGCGGCGCGCGCCCAGCUGGAGGGCGGCGCCGCCAAGGAAGCCGACCUGGAGGGCCGCCUGCGCGCGCUGCGCCAGCGCGUCGCGGCAGCAAAGUCGGAGUCGGCGGGCGCGCGCAGCGCCGGUGCGGUGGUUCAGGUCCUAAUGGAGGCCAAGCGCAAGGGGGAGAUCCUGGGAGUGCUGGGGCGCCUGGGAGACCUGGGGGCCAUCGACGCACGGUACAACGUGGCCGUGAGCACAGCCUGCCCAGCGCUGGAGUACAUCGUACGCUGCGUGGAGCGGCUGCGGCGGGAGCGGGCGGGCGUUGCCACGUGCCUCAUCCUCGAGAAGCAGCGGCACCUGGUGGCGGCCAUGGAGGAGAAGGUGGCGCCGCCGGCUGGCUCCCAGCGCCUGUUUGACCUGGUGCGAGUGAAGCACCCUGCGGCGCGGCUGGCGUUCUGGUACGCGCUGCGCAACACGCUGGUGGUGGAGGACAUGGACACGGCCAGCAGGAUUGCAUACGGCGUGGGCCGCCAGGACGGCCGCUGGGCGCGCGUUGUGACUGCGGACGGCCAGCUUAUUGCAGAGAGCGGCACCAUGAGCGGCGGCGGCAACCGGCAGCUGCGCGGGCGCAUGCGCAUCGGCAGCGCGGCGCCGGGCGCCGGCGCAGGUGCCGACGCCAAGGCCCUGGAGAAGGAGCUGGCGGCAGCGGAGAAGGAGGCGGCGGCGGUCGAGGGCGAGCUGCGGGCGGCGCGCGAGGCGCGCGACCAGGGGGAGCGGGCGCUGGCGGCGCUGGACAAGCGGUUAGCAGAGCUCGAGCUUGCGGCACCCAAGGCCGCCCAGGUGGCUGACGCAAAGCAGCAGGAGGCGGUGGACGUGGAGGCGCGGCUUGCUGAGCUGGAGGCGGCCACCCGCGUGUCCAAGGAGGACGCGGCGCGGCUGAAGGACCUGGCCGCGGCGCUGUCAGGGGAGACCACGGCCCUGGCCAAGCUGCGGGCCAGCUGCGCGGGGCUGCAGAAGAAAGCGGCAGAGAUCCAGGCCAAGAUCGACGGCGCCGGCGGCGAGGCGCUGCGGCGCGCGCGCGAGCGCGUCUCCAAGCUGCAGGCCACGAUUGGGGAGUGCGAGGCGGUCGCGGCGAAGAUGCGCGCACAGUCAAAGGCGGCUUCAAAGCAGCUCGACAAGCUGAGGAAGGACGCCGUCAAACAGGGCUCCGAGGUGUCGCGGCUGGAGGCGGACAUAGCUGGCGCCCUCGAAGCCCUCAAGCAGCUGGAGGCAGAUGCGAUGGAGGUGAUGGUGGCCGUGGAGGAGCUGCAGGCCGGCAAGGGCCAGGCUGACUCAGCGCUGGAGGGCGCGCGCAAGGCCAAGGAGGACAAGCAGCGAGAGGUGGGCGUCAUCAGGGGCGUCCAGGUGGAGCUGGAGGCGGCCCUGGAGAAGCUGCGCGCCGCCAAGAGGGAGGCGGCCGCCAGCGCCAAGCAGCUGGAGAAGCUGCUGCGCGCUGACGAGGCGAAGCUGCAGGAGUACACGGACGCGCCCGCUGCUGAGCUGUCGGAGGCGCAGCAGGCGCUGGCCGGGCCCGCCCUGGCGGAGGCCAUCGACGCCGCUUUCUUCCAGGUCACCGUGCUUGAGGAGCAGCUGCGCGGCAUGAACCCAGACCUCGCAGCCAUCGAAGCCUACAGGCAAGCGCAGGACUGGGCGCACGUCCCUGGCGGCACUUGCUCCCCUCGACCGAGGGCGGAGGCCGCGCUGCACUGCAGCACUGCAGCCGACCGCAGCGCGCCUGUCUCCCAGCGUGUUUCUGCCCUCUGA